AUGAUGAGAUACAUGAACGAGAUUCAAGGUAGAAAUCAAACAGAAGUGACAGAAUUUAUCCUCUUAGGACUCUCAGACAAUUCAGAUCUACAAAUUGUCCUCUUUGGAUUGUUUCUGUUAAUCUAUAUGGCAACCAUGGUGGGUAAUUUGGGGAUGAUUGUGUUAAUUAAGAUUGAUUGCUGUCUCCACACCCCCAUGUACUACUUUCUCAGCAGCCUCUCUUUUGUUGAUGCCUCUUACUCUUCCGUCACUCCUAAGAUGCUGGUGAACCUUGUGGCUGAGAAUAAAGCUAUUUCUUUUAAUGGAUGUGCUGCCCAGUUCUACUUCUUUGGCUCCUUCUUGGGGACUGAAUGCUUUCUGUUGGCCAUGAUGGCAUAUGAUCGCUAUGCAGCCAUUUGGAAUCCUCUGCUAUAUUCAGUUCUCAUGUCUGGGAAAAUUUGCUUCUUGUUAGUAGCUACCUCUUUCCUAGCAGGCUUUGGGAAUGCAGCCAUACACACAGCAAUGACUUUCAGAUUGUCCUUUUGUGGCUCUAAUAGGAUCAACCAUUUCUACUGUGACACCCCACCCCUGCUCAAACUCUCUUGCUCUGACACUCUCAUCGGUGGCAUUGUGAUCAUGGCUUUCUCCAGUUUUAAUGUCAUCAGUUGUGUUAUGAUUGUUCUCAUUCCCUACCUGUGUAUCCUCAUUGCCAUCUUGAGGAUGCCUUCUUUAGAAGGCAGUCACAAAGCCUUCUCCACCUGUGCCUCCCACCUCAUGGCUGUCACUGUAUUCUUUGGGACAAUUCUCUUCAUGUAUUUGCGCCCUACAUCUAGCUAUUCAAUGGAACAGGACAAGAUUGUCUCUUUUAUACAGUAG